AUGGGGAAUACACUGGGUGUUGAAUGCUCCUAUAACCAAGUCGGCGUGACGAGCAUUCUGGUGAAGGAAAAAAUAAAGAAUAACCAAGAAUGGACAAUGAACGAUGUAGACGCGCGCCGAGGAAUCUUCUACUUGAGUGAGGAUACUCAGGCUCAGGUGGGAACGAAAGAAGAAAUUAUUUCUCACAGAAAGGACCAUAAUUUCAUCUCCGAUGAAGGAUCCCAAUGGAAAUCGGAACCAUCCACCCCGAAUGGGCAGUACCUCCAAAUGCAGAAGGAUAUAUAUGCUUAUCUGUUAACGAUAAAGCAUCUCAUUGUGGGCCAUUUACACCUGGUUGUACUGUGCCAAGAUAGAGAAAAAAACGAACACCUUCAAAUUGUACCGUCAAAAAUGGGUACCCACAUGGAGGAACCAUUCAAUGCGUAUCGUCAUUUCCUGAAGGACCAAUCGGGGGUAGCGCAAAAUAAACGGAAUAACCAAUUACUGGAUGAUCAAAUUGCGCAGAUUUAUUUCUUCACCAUAAAGAUAAGUAGCUUGGAUGAAGCUCUGUCCAAAUGCUCACAGAACACAAUCUCAAAGACGGUAAUAAAUUUUACCGGGAAGAGGAGUGGCUACCUUAGGAACAAGUUUUCCAAAUUAAAAAAAAUUAACAAGUUGUCCUAUCACGAAGAAGUAAAGUGCAUCAAUAGAGCAAUUGUUUUUUUGACAAAGUAUUGUCCGAAUAGUUUGUACAAAUUUGUGCGGGAGGAAAAUACACAUGUGGAAAAUAGGAAAAAGGAGGAGGAGGAGGAAGAAGAAAAUAAAAAUGGGCUACGAGAAAAAUACCUGAGCGAAAUGGGAGAAGGUCAUGAUGUAUACCCUUACCUACUCGUCAGUGUAAAAAGAGGAAUCACUUACCAUUUGAUUAACGCAAACAAUGUUGUUACGCGGGUUGGUUCAUGUUUCAUUUCGUACAAAAGUGUGAUCGGUUUGUUCUUUUUAAUAACGGGAAAGCAUUCCUCCAUAGAAAGAAUCUUUCAGCUAGCGAAACGUGGGAAUAGAAAAACAUUCGACAUGUCCGUUGGGGACAUUUAUGGUACCUCCUAUGGCAACGCCGGACUUAGUAGUGAUUUGACUGCCUCUUUCUUUGGCAACGCACAGCACAUAGUUGAUGCUAAGGGAUUGUUUGCACGUCCGACGGUGCAAAGGGAUGCCUUGGGCUGGGGUACGGACUGUGACUCCUUCGAUAGUCACAGCGACGAUGACUGCGACGGUGAUUAUUGCGCAGAUGAUCCUCAGGAGACUCCCCACUGUGCCGGCGGGAACCGAGCACAGAAGAUACGGACCGUGGUUAGAAAUCCGCUCUUCCACUCUCACAGCGACACGGAUGUUCCGCACGAGGGAGGCCUAACCAAACGGAAUAUAAAAAAUAGAAGGCAAAAAAAUAUCCUCAUGGUGAGUAGGAAAUGCCAAAGUGACCUCGAAGUGGACCCAAACCUCUACUCAGAUGGGGGUUUCCAUGGAGGGCGCGAAACAACUGAGCGUCUUCUGUUUGGUGGAAAAAUUUCCAGGAAAAAUGGUAGGAAGAAAAAAAAAUCCUCAAAAUGUUAUGAACACGUCAGGGGGGAAAUUUUGAACUGUCGAAACGACUGUGUGGAAGGUAACGCUGGCGAGAUUAACCAAUCCGAUCUAAACAGUAAAAACGGGAAUGAUUACCAACACGUUCAGGCGAACGUUCUGGGGGAAGAAGAAUUAGACGAAGAGGAGGAACCCAACAAAUACGAAUGUGACCUAUCCAGAUCGUUACUCUCGAUCGUAAUUUUUAACGCAGUCCAACAGGCUUACAUUCACAGCCAACUGUACAAUGUUAAGAACGUUUUUUUUUCGGGCUAUCUCCUUGACCAUUCCACUUGCGUGGGACUCCUGAAAGUGAUUCUGAAUUUUAUGUACCAUAAUAUACAGCAGCUCCAUUUUUGUACGUUUUCUUCGUACAUGAGCAGUUUUGGUAGCGCCCUGCAGUGCCUACGUUGGGACGAGACCAUCCCUUUUUGCUAA